GGCGUCUUUCUUUGCAUUAGCAGUCUGGUUCUGUUCCGCUUUAUCUUCUUUUUGAAUGUUUAGAUUUUUCUAGGUUCUAGGGUUUCUGUUUUGUUGUUAAAAAAAAAAGGGUUUCUGUUUCGUGAUGGAGAAGAAAGCAACUGAUUUGAGCAUCUACGAGUCGUUCAAGGAGAAUUAUCGAACAACUUCGGCGCAACUUCGUGAUAGUGCUUCUUCGAUUCUAUCGCUCACUCGUCAGUGGAGGGAGAUCGAGGAAUUUAUCGAUUCCAGUCAAAAUCAUGUGCAAGAAUGCUUCAAGGAACUCAAGUCAAGAGAGGAGCAGUUAGUUUUGAAAGAGGAGAUGGUGGAGCAGAGGGCUAAGAACCUAGCUUUGGUUCAGGACUCGAUUGCACUGCAGGCCAAAGAAAUUGGAAGGAAAGAGGAAGAAUUUUGUGCUAAGCAGAAGUUGGAUGCUGAGAAAAGGCGUAGUGAGGUUGAGUCCAUUGAGAAGUCGUCCAGAGAGCUUCAAUUACUUCGGGAAUCGACUCAGAGAAAGUUGGAUGAACUUGGUUCUAAACAUCGAGAUCUGAUUUUGACUGAAAAGUCGACUAAUAAACGGAUUGGAGAGCUGAAGUUGAUGGGAAAAUCAGUUAAUGGUGAAGUUGAGGAUCUGAGAUUGAAAGAGAAGGCUUUUGAGAAACGCUCUAAGGAUCUUGAGAUGAAAGAGAAGCGUUUUGAAGAAAGUUUCAAAUUAAAGGAGAAGCAAGUGGAAGCAUUAUCUGAAGAACUCAGAAGGAAAUAUGACUUGCUGUGUGAGAAUCUUGAAUCCAAAUUUAAAGAAUGUGAGAAGCGGUCAAAAUUGUUUGAAAUUCAGGAGGAAAAGUAUGAACAGAGACUUAAAACAUUGAGAUUGAAGGAGAAGAAGUUUGAAGAAUGGUCUGAACAGCUUGAAUUGAAAGACAAGAGGCUUCAAGAAUGGUCUGAACAACUUGGAUUGAAAGAGAAGGCUUUUGAGCAACGUUCUCAGGAUCUUGAGUUGAAAGAGAAGCGUUUUGAAGAACGUUAUUUGGAAUGGAAAGCACAAGAGAAGAGUUAUGAAGAAAGGUAUAGAGAUGUCCAAUUUAACAAGGAAUGUGAAGAACUAUUGGAAGGGCUUAAGAAAAAAUAUGAAUCGCAGUGUGAAGAGCUUGAAUUGGAUUUUCAACAAUGUGAGAAGCGGUCUGAACGGCUACAAAUUCAGGAGGAAAAAUGUGAACAAUGGCUUAAGGGAUUGAAAUUGAAGGAGGACCAGCUUGUAGAAUGGUCUGAACAGCUUAAGUUGAAAGAGAAGAGGCUUAAAGAGCUUUCUGAACAACUUGAAUUGAAAGAGAAUGGGCUUGAUGUUGCUAAAUCCUCUCAUUUUCAUGGGAAACUUGAGCCAGCAGAAGAUUCAGACAGUCAUUCAGAUGCAGUUCUUCGAUUUUUUGUAGUUAUGGAUGGAAAGGAAUUGCAGAUUUUCCUGAAUGAGCGCUGUAAAGAGCAUCAUUUGAUUCGUGAUGAUAUUGCUAGAGCUCUUCAAUUUUCAUCAGACCCUGCAGAGCUAGUCCUGCAUGCAAUGGAGGGAUUUUACCCUCCACAUUUAAGGGUUGGAGACAUGGAGUUUGAAGGUGAUGUGGUGAAGAGCAGCUGCAUUCUCUUAUUAGAACAGUUGAGAAAACUUUCACCUAAAAUCAAUCUGCGUGUUAGAAAAGUAGCAUUGAAAAUUGCGGUUGAUUGGCUUACAAAAAUUACAACAGAUGCUGGCCAUCACUUGGACGUUUUAGGAUUCCUCCAGCUUUUGGCUUCUUUUGGAUUAGCUGAUGCUUUUGGUGAUGAGGAGCUUCUGGAUCUUUAUAAGAAAGUUCCUCAACAUAGCCAAGAUGCUGAACUUUUCCGUGUACUUGGUCUUGCCAAUAAGACUUCAGAUGUUACAAUGGAGGAGGACUCACCAGCAAAUCCACCACUUGAAAGUGGGAAGACUUCUUCAUCCUUGGGACUCAAGCAAGUGCCUCAAGAUUCUAAUAAUAGCAUGGAUGGAGAGGCUUUGAGAUUCUUACUACAGACGCCCAAGAAUGAUAACAAAAUGCAUACUGAAAUUACUGAUGCUCUUCAAUCUGUAACAGAUCCAGCCAGACUUGUUUUGGACACCAUUUAUGGUUUUGGUCCUUCAAAAAUGGAGAAAAACAAGGGUUUCAGUUUAUGUGUUACUUUGCAGAGCUGCCUGUCAUUGUUGCAGCAAUUAAGAAGAAUCUCACCGGAAAUUAAGCCACAGGUGAAAGAUGAAGCCAUGAAAUAUGCAUUUGACUGGAAACAAAAACUGGGAAAGAAAAGAGAAUAUUUGGAAGUCACAUGUUUUCUGCAAUUUUUAGCCACUUAUGGUUUAGCUACUGCUUUUAAACCAGAUGAGCUUCUUGAUCUCUUGGAUAAUGAUUAUUGGCGUCAAAAGGCCCCUGAUUUAUGUGAAGUCCUUGGUUUGGUGGAGGAAAUUCCUAAAUUUAUUCAAAAGCACAUAGAAAACGGUUCAGUUCUUGAAGCUGUCAAAUAUAUCUAUUCAUUCGAUAUGGUUCACAAGUUCCCACCAUUACCUCUUCUGACAAACCACUUGGAGAAUUUAAGGAGGUCAACCAGAAAUACAUGCUGGAAAAAUAGGAAGAGUGUCAACGCAAAGAUUAACACCAUAAAGAGAGAGAUAUCUUCUGUAGAGGAAGUAAGAAGAUUGGUUGAGAAAUACAAGCUUGGAUCUAAGAUUCUCAAUGAUGGGCUUAGAAACCGUAAUGCAUUUUUGCUGAAGGAGCUGGAAAAACAAUCUAAGCUUCCAACUGGACUCAAGAAACAACCUGGGCAACAGAGUAGAAAUAAGCGUCCUCGGGUUGAUAAUCAUUCCUUUCUUUCUCAAUGCAGUGUUCGCCCCAACUACCUCCAGUUCCCAAUCCCUGGUAAUAUUCAUUAUUACUCUACUGCCAUGUACCAUGGAUUCGGCAAUUGAAUAUCACCUUUCGGUUGCCAAUCGGUAACUGUCUUUUUGUAGCCUUGCUGAUGCACCACGACGACCUGGUUUUCUCAAUUGGUCAUUGCCUUGUGGUGGCUUUAUUCGAGCAAGAGCUUGCUGUCAUUUAACGUUGGAUAGAUAAUACCCGUGGCAGUGGUACAGUUUGUGGUUCACCCCUUUUUUCACUGUU